AUGGCAGCUGGUACAGUAAUGGCUGAAGAAGACCUCUUUGGAAGCCUGCGGAGGCAAUCGGAUCCAGAAAAGUUAGAGAAGCAGGCCAAAGCUGUCGCAGAACGAGAAGCUUCGUGCAGUGCCAAAGCUGAGGAACGGCUAAAAUACUUGCUUGAUGACAAUUCAACCCUUCCCAUUUCAGUGUCCUCUAUCCAACUUGUCGGCGCAUCGCAUACACGACGCUCGUUUUUAGAUAAGCUUUUUACGCCUCUCCUAAGCUGCAAUAGAGAUGCUCCGUACACGCUAUCUACAGCGUUGCAUGAAAUUGGAAUUUUAUCAGACAAACUGUCGCGUUUUGGAAUCUUUCAACCCGAAAUAUCCACAUUUCUAGACCGAUCUGACCUGGGUCCUGCAUCUUCGCCACUCACUCAUAUCGAUAUCUACUUGAAGGCCCGGGAGCGAGGACGGCUAAGUCUCAAAACGGGUACCGAUCUUGGGAAUGCUGAAGGCUCGGCCUAUGGAAACUUGACGUGGCGAAACGUUUUUGGUGGGGCAGAAUCAUUGAAUCUAAACGCCUCAGCUGGUACACGAACACGAUCAGCAUAUCAAGCCACCUUUGACAGUCCAUUAUUCAGCGAUCCAGACCAGCAAUUUUCCCUUAAUGUAUUAGCAUCUAGCACACACAAGCCAUGGGCUAGUCACGAAGAAGUUCUUAAAGAAAUUUGCGCUAAGUACAGCUGGGCAUCAAAUUACGGGACCCGCCACCAACUAGGAUAUACUGGUGCGUGGCGGCAGAUCACUAGCCUGGCUGCUGAAGCCUCGCCGACACUCCGUUGUGAAGCUGGUGAUUCAGUAAAGAGCAGCAUAACACACACCAUCGUGAAAGAUAAUCGUGAUAAUCAUUUACUACCAACCCGUGGCUACUAUUUAAAAAUGCUCACAGAAAUAGCUGGAUGGGGGCCACUUCAAGGUGAUGUCGCAUUUUGGAAGUCUGAAAUUGAAUCUACUGGCGCACUUUUACUCCCAGUCCCAGGGAAAAUGAGUGAUAUCGGUAUAACGCUUACUGGUGGGCUUCGCGCCGGGCUCCUCUAUCCAUUGCCUGUUGGAUUUGGUAAGGAAGCCAUCAAAACCCGCAUAAAUGACCGCUUCCAGCUUGGUGGCCCAACAGAUGUAAGAGGCUUUAAGCUGUCAGGUUUAGGACCUCAGGAUGGGGAAGAUAGUGUUGGAGGCGACGUAUAUGCCGCCGCAUCAACAAAUCUCUUAUUUCCAUUGCCUCGUGCCGGAAAAGAUUCACCUCUCCGACUCCAGGUUUUUGCAAAUGCUGGUAGACUCCUGGCCCUUUCAGACAGCGCAUCAAAAGAUAAAUUAGGCCAGAAAAAUGUUUGUAGAGACGUACGUGAUACUCUAGCAGAACUAGGAAACGGACUGCCUAGUAUUGCAGCUGGCGUGGGGAUGGUAUAUGCGCAUCCAGUUGCAAGGUUUGAGCUUAACUUCAGCUUGCCACUAGUUGCACGGAAGGGGGAAAAAGGAAGGAAAGGCCUUCAGUUUGGUGUAGGUAUCAACUUUCUCUAG